AUGUCUAAGAAGGCUGCUCCCAAGGCUGUUGAAAAGGUCACUCUCGGCCCCCAAGUUCGUGAAGGUGAACUUGUUUUCGGUGUUGCUCACAUCUUUGCUUCCUUCAACGAUACCUUUGUUCACGUUACUGAUCUUUCUGGUCGUGAAACCAUUGCUCGUGUCACUGGUGGUAUGCAAGUUAAGGCUGAUCGUGAUGAAUCUUCUCCUUAUGCUGCCAUGUUGGCCGCUCAACAAGUUGCUGCCAAGUGUAAGGAACUUGGUAUUAACGCUCUCCACAUCAAGCUCAGAGCUACUGGUGGUACUGGUACCAAGACUCCUGGUCCUGGUGGUCAAGCCGCUCUCCGUGCCCUUGCUCGUGCCGGAAUGAGAAUUGGUCGUAUCGAAGAUGUUACUCCUAUUCCUACUGACUCUACUCGUAGAAAGGGUGGUCGUCGUGGUCGUCGUCUUUAA